AUGUCUGACCACCAAUACAAGUUCAAUGUGGCCAUGAGCUGCGGCGGCUGCUCCGGCGCCAUCGAGCGGGUCCUGAAGAAGCUGGAGGGCGUCAAGUCUUUCGAUGUCAGCCUCGAGUCCCAGACUGCCAACAUCAUCGCCGAGCCGACCGUCUCGUACGACACCGUGCUGGCCGUGAUCAAGAAGACGGGCAAGACCGUGAAUAGCGGCGAGGCCGACGGGCAGGCCAUGAGCGUGUAG